ACAGUUUUUUAUUUUUAUUUUCUCUCUUUCUCUGUUUGAAGCUGUAAUUUGGUAGAAGAGGUAGCAGUACGAGUGACUCCUAUGCUAGGGGACUCAUCAAGUGUCCUAGCACCACCACCACCACCACCACCACCACCCACCUCAGGCGGUGAAAAUCAGCCUCCGUUAACCGCCCACCACGAUGGCAUGGAAGUUGGCGGUGGUGGGGAAGAAGACAAGGCAAGCGACCGGAGUAGUUUUGGCGGUCACAGGUGGCCUAGGCAAGAAACUCUAGCGCUUCUAAGAAUAAGGUCCGAGAUGGAGUCGGCCUUCCGCGACGCCAGCGCCAAAGGCCCUCUGUGGGACGAGCUUUCCAGAAAGCUAGCAGAGCUUGGUUAUAAUCGAAGUGGCAAGAAAUGCAAGGAGAAGUUCGAGAACGUGUACAAGUACCACAAGAGAACCAAAGAAGGCCGAUCUGGUAAAUCCGAGACCAAAACCUAUCGAUUCUUCGAUCAAUUACAAGCUCUCGAAAAUCACCAAUCAAAACCUCAAAUACCCGAACCAGCAAUGUCAGUAGCCAAUAAUCCACCUAUAAUUAGCACUACUGUGUCUCAGAUCACUGUUCCAUCAACAACUGUGUUUGCAAAUCAAGCUCUGAACCCCUCUUUGAUCCCACCGCCGCCUACGAAUCCGUUGGAGACGAAUGUGGUUGCUUCUUUCCCUAACAUUUCUGGGGAUCUGAUUUCAAAUUCGACCUCUUCCUCGACCUCAUCAGAUGUAGGGAGACGAGGGAAGAGGACGAGGAGAUGGACCGAUUUCUUUGAGAAGCUAAUGAAGGGAGUGGUGGAAAAGCAAGAGGAGUUGCAGAAAAAAUUCUUGGAGGCGCUAGAGAAAAGAGAGCAAGAAAGACUGGUGAAAGAAGAAGCUUGGAGACAACAAGAAAUGGCGAGAAUCAAUAGAGAACGAGAAAUUUUAGCCCACGAAAGGUCCAUCGCCGCCGCCAAGGACGCUGCAGUGCUGUCGUUUUUGCAAAAAAUAACGCAACAGCAACAACAAAAUCCAUCUCAGCCACAACCCACUCAAAUCCCCGUACCUGUACCCGUCCCAUCACCGCAGCCGGUGGCAUUACCAACAGUGCAUCAACAACCACAACCGAAUCUGGAAGCAUCAACAACGGAUAACAACGGAGAGAUUAAUUUAACAAGUUCUUCAAGAUGGCCUAAGGUAGAGGUUGAGGCAUUAAUCAGAAUACGAAGCAGUUUGGAUUCCAAGUAUCAAGACAAUGGUCCUAAAGGGCCGUUGUGGGAGGAAAUCUCGGCGGAGAUGAGAAAGAUCGGAUACAAUCGGAGCUCGAAGAGAUGCAAGGAGAAAUGGGAGAACAUCAACAAGUACUUCAAGAAGGUCAAAGAGAGCAACAAGAGGCGGCCUGAGGACUCCAAAACUUGUCCCUAUUUUUACCAACUUGAUGCAUUAUAUAGGGAGAAGAAGAACAGAUUACAAGCUGUUGAUCAUAAUUUGUCCAGUGAUCAAUCGGUUACCAUGCCACGGAACGCGGUGCCACUGAUGGUAAGACCGGAGCAGCAAUGGCCUCCUCCUCCUCCUCCUCAUCAUCAACAUGAUUCGGUUACAGAAGAUGCGGAGAGCGAUCAAAACCAAGAUGAGGAUGACGAUGAAGACAACGGAUCAGGUGAUCACUUUGAAAUUGUAGCCAAUAAACCACAAACUUCAAUGGGCGGCAGUUCAGGUUUUAUAUAUGUACUAGCUGUUGGAUUCAUGAUGGACGAUACAUACAAGAUGAUCAAACAUAUCAUGAUGGAGAGGCUUCUCGAUCUAUGAGUAAAACAGUAUGUACUCGGAAUGUCACCCGGAAUGUCACCGCUUCGAUUUUCAUUGGGAGAAAUAUCUUUGUGUUCACGCGUUAGGUUUUUGGCCCUACUUAUCCUAUCAUCAAGCGCUAGGUUUUUUACCUUACUUAUCCUAUCAUCAGGUGAGAAACUUUUGUGUGUGUUGUUUUGAUCAUAUUUUCAGUAAAUUGAUCUUUAUUUUCA